CCGUUAUAUUCUUAAUUGUAUAGCGAAACAUUCAUGUCGAUAAAAUCCACGCACUAGUUCAGUUAGAUGAAACUUUGAUGUUUUCUUCUUUCUAUACAUACUAUAGAGGAUAAGAACUUUUCAUUUCAACUUGUGAAAAUGAAGGCCAUAUUGUGGGUAUAAGAGGAGUGGAUGAAGACAUCGUUAAAUGAUCGAUUGUUUUCAUAUGUGUAGACAGGCUUUCACCGGCAUUAGUUCCAGUACAUUAUUGUUGUGAUCCAAUGUUGUUGUUACCUUGUUUUCAUCAAUUCAAGUGGAAAUGAUCUUUUCUAGGAUUAUCCACAGAGGUCGCUCAUACUCGUUUUCAGUCGACUACCUACUCCAUAUCAUUUUCAUUCAAUGAAGCUGAGGAAAAUAUUUCGACCAAUAGAACUCUCAAGUCUACUCUGUACCUUUCUGCUUUUAUUCAGAACAUUUUAUUUUUAUUCAAAGAAGUUUAGUUUACAGAAAAUUUACCUCACGUCAGCCAAAAUUGUUUUCUUUUCAUAGGAAAAAGAAUAGUAUUUCCUAUGAUUUCAAUAGAAACUGAUUAAAUGAAACUUCUGAUGUAGAACAAUAUUAAUUGUUAUCGUAAAGCUUCAAUUUAUUUUGUUUGAGACUCGACUAGGUCUGUUAUAAUUGAUCCUCGAAAUCUCGAUGCACUAAUUUGCUUUUCUUUUUUCGUGCAUGUUUAUCACUAUUUUUCAUUUUGUUAUUUUUAAGAUCGAAAAUGAACGAAUAAAUUCGAAUUGCUUUGGCAUUUGCGAAAGAACAAUAUCGGAAUGGCUUAGGUCUUAGAAAGGAAGUACGACGAGCUGAACGUCAACAAGGUGAGUUUAAAUUAAUUGAUCAAUAUAUCCAUCACCACCAGUUCAAGAUUCAAGACGUGAGGCGAAAGAGGAAGGUCAGCAACAAACACCAGUAACACCUUCAAUUACACAUGAAGAGUAUCUUAAGCCGAAUCACAAGAUUAUUCGUAAUGACGUGCUUGAUGUUGAAAACGAUUCAGUAGAAGAUGAUAAUACCUUAGAGUAUUAUUCACAAGAUAUUGAGAGUGAUUUGAAUGCAAAUGUGUUCCAUAAUGCUUAUGAUAUUAUUAACACACAAAAUACACCAUCUGUUCAAUAG